AUGGCGUCAAACCAGAACAAAGGUCCGGUUGAUACAGAACAAAAUAACACACAACAGACCGGCUCUUCAGCCGAGGUUGACAAAAAAGUGAAAAAACCAUACGAGGAAAGUUAUUUACGAGUAAGUAAAAAUACACUUUACAUGAUAAUCGCUCUGUGGAUGGAAGAUUUUGUAGAAGAAGCCCCAGAGCAACACAGGAGAGUCGGAGCGGUGCUUGUGUUACCAAACGAUGUGGCUUUGGCCGCUGAUUGUUCACGAGAUGAGGUCCAUGCCGCCGCUAGACUGUUGAUCAAACACAGCGGAAAAACCCAUGGUUGUAAGAUGUUCAUGUCUCGAAAGCCAUGCCCGUUCUGCGCCAAGCUUUUGGUUCAAUCCAAAGUGAAACGAGUUUUCUUCCUGCCGACCCGAGAACCAGAAUAUUAUCGACCGCCAGAAGAUAUCGAAGCUGACCAAAGCUUAGAUGUAACAGGUGCUAAGUCCCUUGAAGAGUACAACGAUGAGAAAAUGAAAGAAGUCGAAAUCAUGUUCACCGCAAGUGCCAUUGCCCAGACAAAGUUCGUCUUGCGAGUCGAAGAGCCCGUCGGAAAUCUUGCGAAGAAAUUGACACCAAAUGAGAUAGAAAAAGAUGUACAGGAGCGUACACGUUCAUUCAGCAAGAAGUACAGUCCUGACGAAAGCUCUAAAUGGGAUAUAGACGCUAUUAAGACAAACCUGCCUUGGCCAUCUUACGAUAAAAAGAUGCAUAAAAAAGUUCACAGCGACUUUGCAGAAGUUAUGGAAUGGAUAGCAAGAGUUUUGGUGACAAACGACAGAGGAUUGAAUUACAAGUUUAUAUCUUGCAAUGAAAAGUCAGAAAAUUCGACAGGCUUUAAUCCAUUGCCAUUGAGUAAUUCUGACGACGAGAAGAAAGCCCUACGCUUCAUAGAAAUAGCAAGACUCCUCGCUCAACGCACAGAUGACCCGACUACUGGUGUUGGUGCGGUGAUUGUCAGUCAAGAAAUGGAAGUUCUCGCCUUCGGUUGGAAUGGCUACCCUUUCGGUGCACAAUAUGGCGAGUUUGCUAGAGCUUCUGAUAAAGAUAACAAAAACGCCGAAGACGACGAAGAUAAUACAAAUCCGCACGAAAAGAUUGAUGAGAAAUAUCCUUAUAGCAUUCACGCCGAACAGAACGCUCUUCUGAUGCGGAAUUCGAAGAAUCUGAAAGAUGCAAUUCUGUUUGUUACAAAAUGUCCGUGCGAUGAAUGCACCCCCCUGCUUGCCAUGGAAGGAAUCAAAACUGUGGUCGUUGAUGACGAUAUCUUGUCUCGUAUGGGAGUUGACUCGGAAAAGAAAUUAGGUUAUAAAAGGUUCCCCAAAAUGGUAGAAGAAGGAAAGUUCGUUUGUUUUGAAACACAAAAAAAGCAAGCUGCUGAAACAGGUAUCGCGCCAGGUAAAGCAAAACAAAAAGUGGAUUUGUAAACGGAGCAUAAUCACUUGGAGCAAAACACUUUAGCGUCUUAAGAUAUCCUAGCUAGCUGUUGCAUGUUAUUGAAUUAUUAGAAUAUUAAUUUAUUCGAUUAAACUUACCAAACGAUUAAAAAGAACGGGGGAAAUUUAGGAAGAAGUUGCAUGUCAUAAUACAAAAAUAUGAAUUGUAAACAUUCUCCAAAUAAUUCAGUUUAUUUAUAUUGCUAUUUCAAUACGUAAAAAUUGCUCCAUAGCUAAAUAACUUUAAAUUCAUAUUUGUAUACCUAUAUAAUCUUAAUUCAUAUAUCUGAACGUUUAAUAUGUAGUGAGUGAGAAAGCCUGUCAAUAGUACUAUU